AUAUAAACAUCAUCAUCACCAUGCUUGUUCAGUUUCUGUGUUUUGUUUUGUUGUUUUAAAUCCAAAAUUAAAAUGUGACCUCCUUAAGUUGAAGAGUGAAAUUUCUUGCUGGAAUGAAGCGUGUUUCGUUGAAUGUGCUUUAUUUGUUCUUAGUCAUCUUCCCCUUAAUUUCAGCUUUAUCUCCUCCAAGUGGGUCGCCCAGACAUCCCAUAAAGUUUAUACUAGGGGAAGAGAAUUUAGGUGCAUGGAAGAAUGAAGUCUCGCAAGUAGCACAAGCACAAGGUUCAAGAACUGGGGGUACCCUUGUGCUUGCAGCAAACAGGACCAAUAGACCUGACUAUCUACGGCGAUUUCGACUUUACCGAGGAGGUUGGGACAUUGCAAAUCGGCAUUAUUGGGCCUCAGUGGGAUUCACUGGUGCAGCUGGUUUCAUCCUUGCUGUUCUGUGGUUUAUUUCGUUUGGCUUCGCACUUGUGAUUCAUCUAUGCUGUGGAUGGGGGAUUAACAUCAAGGAUAAAGGAUCAAACCAACAAAGAAUAUGUUUUAUGUUAUUGUUGUUAUUCACCUGUGUUGCAGCGACUGGAUGUAUUGUACUUUCUUUUGGGCAGGAUAAAUUCCAUAGUGAGGCCGUGGAUACCCUCCAUUAUGUAGUCAAUCAGUCUGACUACACAGUGCAAACUCUGAGAAAUGUCACACAGUAUCUUUCGCUUGCAAAAUCUAUCAAUGUGGCAGAGAUGCUUCUUCCAUCUGAUAUAAUGGAUGAUAUUGACAAUUUGAAUAUGGAUCUAAAUGCUGCAGCAGCUACACUCUCCCACAAGACAAAUGAAAAUUCUCAUAAAAUACAAAAAGUAUUCAAUGCUUUGCGUCUAGCUUUGAUAAUGAUAGCAGCAGUAAUGCUUCUCCUGGCUCUAAUUGGGUUAGUACUCUCUGUUCUUGGAUAUCAGCAUGCAAUCCUCGUAUUUGUUAUCAGCGGAUGGUUACUGGUGGCAACAACAUUCAUUCUGUGUGGAGUGUUUAUGAUCCUUAACAAUGCAAUUUGUGACACCUGCAUGGCCAUGGGGGAAUGGGUGGAGAAUCCACAUUCAGAAUCUGCUCUUAGCAAUAUCCUUCCAUGUGUUGAUCAGAGAACCACAAACAAGACACUUUUUCAGAGUAAACAAGUGGUUACGAAUAUUGUGAGUGUUGUGAAUCGGUUCAUAUAUAAUACUGCAGAUGCAAAUCCAUCACAAGGAACCAUCAAUUACUACAAUCAAUCUGGACCUGCAAUGCCACCUUUGUGCUACCCCUUUGAUUCUCAGUUUCGACAACGCAAGUGUACCACUCAAGAAGUUUCCUCUGCCAAUGCUUCAUCGGUUUGGAAGAAGUACGUAUGCGAGAUAUCUGAAUAUGGUAUAUGCACCACUGUUGGGAGAGUGACCCCAGAGAUUUACUUGGAGUUAGUAGCAGCAGUUAACGAAAGCUAUGCUUUUGAGCAUUAUACUCCACUUUUACUUAGCCUUCAGAACUGCAAUUUUGUCAGAGAAACAUUCAAAGAAAUUACUACACGUCACUGUCCUCCAUUAAACCAUUAUCUUAAGGUUAUCAACGUAGGAUUUGGCCUAAUUUCAAUUGGUGUCUUGCUUUGUCUUGUUCUCUGGAUACUCUAUGCAAACCGCCCCAAAAGGGAGGAAGCGUUUGUUAAGCUCAACUUAGCUCAAAAACUAAAGAACAGGUUUAGCAAGAACCCCAACAAAAUUUCGUCUUUCUCAAUCACAGCAACUGAAGUAUAGAAUGUGAAAUGGAAAAUUAAUUGGAAAAAAUAAAACAAAAAAAAGUAUGUUAGUAGUGUUUUUCACUGGAGGGUGAAGAAGUAAAGCUACAUUGGAGUUAGAAGACAAUAGCCAAACUUAGUGUGAUAUAUACAAAUUUAUUCAUAAAAGGAAGAAAUUAAUUUUGAAUUGCUGAUUUAGUAUGAUA